UAUCGUUAGACGGAUGGUAGGUGGAUAGCUGUAAAUACGAACUCUAUACGUUCGACUGAUUAAAUGCAGACCAACAUGGUAAAUAACAAACAACUGCGAUUUGGUCGAAUUUGAAACUUGUAUCAAGAUUUUGUACGACGACCGUCUUUAAGCAGCUGUAUCUUUGGCCUAGCUAUGAAGAAAAUCACACGCAGACCGAGUAGACGGAUUAUCACCUCGACUAAAAGCGCGGUGAGUGAUACUAGUGAAAACCCUCAUGAAACUGGCGAAACUACUCCCAGUUCAGAACAGAAGGCUUCGGAGAAGAAAACCCACGAGAAAAAAACUCAUGGGCCCAAAAACUCCGAACAGAAAAACUCUGACCAAAAAACUGCCGACCAGAAAAAUUCUGAUCCCAAACACCCGGAACAAAAAAACUCUGAGCAAAAAGGCUCAGAACAAAAAAAUUCCGAACAGAAAACUCCCUCGCAACACAGAAAGGGUUCCGAAGUAAACGGCUUGAAGGAUAAUAGCAAUAAGGAAGCACCUCCUGCGAAAACUCCCCAACAAUGGGCGACUUCCGAAACUUUGUUGUCGUUAUGUCAGAAGAAAGACUGGUUGGGGACUGAGAUGCGAAUGAAAACGUUGGAAAAGGACCACAAGGAGGUGAACGAAGCAGAUAAGGAAAACGGCUUCACUCCAUUAAUAAUUGCUGCCAAUGAAACCAAAUACAUCAUCGCAGAACGUCUAAUCGAUCUGGGAGCCAACAUUAAUGCGCAGGCGCAUGAUGGACGAACAGCUCUGGCAAUGGCAGCUGUCUCAUCGAAAGACGAUGUGGUGAAACUUCUUGUGUCCAAGAAAGCAGAUGCCUUAAUAGCUGGAGGUCCCAAGAAGAACAUACCGCUGCACUGGGCAAGUUCAAAACCUAACCCAACGAUAGGUAUCAUUACCUGCCUAUUAAAAUCCGUCGGUGCUGACACGACUUUAAAUACCAAUCAGGAUUCCCACACAGCUUUGAUGUUAGCUGUCCUAUCUGAUAAUGUAGCCGCAUGCAAGGAACUCAUUCGAGUUGGGAAUAAACAGCAACUAUACAUAAAAACUAAGACAAUUGGUGAUACGGCGUUACAUAUCGCUUGCCGGAAGAAAAACAUUGAAAUUUUGCGGUUGUUGGUCGAAUCCGGAACUCCUGUGAAUAUUCAGAAUAGCAAUCUUCAGACUGUUCUACACUUAGGAGCAUAUGAUGGAGACGAAGUGGUAUUGAAAUGCUUACAGCAACUACGUGCUGAUCCUAACAUCGGGGACAAGCUGGACAAGACUCCGCUUCACAUCGCCGCCGAACGAGACAACACUGAAGCAAUGGAUAUACUCAUUGAGAAAUUCAAAGCCAGCAUUGUGGCACGAGCUAAAAACGGUAACACACUCAUGCACUUCGCUGCCAAUGCUGGUCACCAAAACACCGUUUUGUUCUUCUUGAAGAAAGGAGUUCCUCUCAACAUGCCAAACAAGUCAGGAGCUGUCGCCCUUCACGUUGCUGCAAUGAACGGCCAUGUGUCUGUGGUGAAGGCACUAUUGCAAAAAGGGGCUGCGGUGGAUACAGAAACCAAGGAUGGUUACACAGCCCUGCACUUAGCAGUGAAACACUCGCAUCCUGAAGUUGUACAAGUUUUGCUUGGUUUCGGAGCACGGGUUGAUGGUAAAGCAGGAAAGUCACAUGAGAUGCCGCUUCACCUGGCAGCGAAAGCCAAAGACGGAGAGUUGUGUGCCGAGAUGUUAUUAAAGAGUGGAGCUGACCCGAAUGUGAGACUGGAGAAUGGUGAAACUGUUUUCCAUUUGGCUGCCCGCAGUGGACAUCUCGAACUGAUAAAAACGCUGCUCGAAGAAGACUGCAGUCCUACACAACAAUCGAAAACAGGAGACACGCCUCUACAUCUAGCUGUCCGCUAUUGUCAUCCUACCUUAGUUUCCGAGAUACUCACGAACGUCAGCAACAAAAAAUCCAGAUCCGAAGCCGUCUUUCUGGUCAACUUACCACAAAAGGAAGGAGAAACACCGAUGCAUUACGCCACGGAUCUUAUUCCGGAUAAGAUCCGAUCGGAAUUUGACGACACUGACGUCAUCAAAACACUGCUUGAAUUCGGCGGGGACAUCAGCUGCACCACCAAAUUGACACGCGAGACUCCAUUCCAUUAUGCUGCACGUUCCGGUAACAGUAAUGUACUUCUGGAAAUAACAAAAAGUAAAUCUCCAUCAGAUAUACGCGCCAUUGUCAAUAAACAGUCAAUAAAUGGUUGGUCACCUCUGCUAGUUGCAAGUGAGAAAGGCCAGUUGGAAAUUGUCAAGAUUCUCCUGCAGAACAACGCACGUAUAGAUGUAUUUGAUGAGCAUGGAAAAGCAGCAUUGCAUUUAGCAGCAGAGAAUGGUCAUGAAGAAGUUGCAGAUUUAUUGCUGGAAUAUAAAGCUUUUGUGAAUGCAAAAUCCAAAAUCGGAGUGACGCCACUUCAUUUAGCCGCACAAAAUGGCUACUGUAACUUAGUAAAGUUACUCAUUGAGAAACACAAUGCAUCGAUUGAUGCCCUUACGCUGAGAAGAAUUAUCUCUUGUCUGAUUAACACUAUGACAUCAAAUGCAGAAGUGGUUUUAUUUUUGAUAGGCCGCUGUCGGCUUGGUCAAACGCCUCUUCACUUGGCUGCCAAAAAUGACCACUCUGAAGUCGUCAAGUUAUUUCUCAAACACAAACAAGAACUGGUGUCCAUGAACAGUAUGAAUGGUAUGACCUGUGCACAUAUUGCUGCCGAAAGGGGUAGCGUAGCUGUCAUAAAGGAACUGAUGAAGUUCAGCCGAGCUACAGUAACCACCGUACGGAACCGCAAAACGGGAAACACAGCCCUACACCUGGCGGCCUCUGGUGGACAUAAGAAUGUAUUACUCACCAUAUUGGAGGCUGGAGCUCUGGCCACUGACGAGAACCACCAUGGCAUGACGACUCUGCAUCUCGCGGCCCAAUAUGGCUAUGUCCACAUCCUCGAAGCGUUGAAGGAUUCCAUCUCGUGGGAAUAUACGAGUAAAAAGACCGGGCUCACGGCUCUGCACAUUGCUGCCCGAUACGCACAAGUAAACUUUGUACAGGAGAUGUUAACACGGGUAUCAGCCACUGUACCUAGCAAAUGUCCGUCAGAAUCGAAUUCAGAAGACAUAGAGUAUGGCUUGACUCCUUUACACAUGGCUGCACAAUCAGGUCAUGAAGGGCUGGUUCGAAUCCUGCUCAACUCCGCUGGGGUGUACUUCGAUGCUUAUACAGCAAUUAAUGUGGACAAACACAAGAGGACGGCAUUACACCUAGCCGCUGGUAAUGGCCAUAUAAACAUGGUCCGUCUGUUACUGGGUCAAGGAGCAGACAUCAAUGCCGUUGAAGAGAAUGGCUGUACGGCACUACACUACGCCAGUAAGUAUGGUUACCUGAACGUUGCCAAACUAUUGGUAGAAAGCGGUGCCAGUACGAAUGUGACCUGUCACGACGGCAAAUUACCAAUCUGUUAUGCCUCUGCUUCCAGUCACACAGACAUUCUUCAUUUCCUUAUGAAGAAGGAUCUUGACACGUAUCACUUGAUGGAGGACAAAAAGUUUGUAUUCGAUUUAAUGGUGUGUGGGAAACUGAACCACAACAAGUGUAUCCAAGAUUUCGUUCUCAUCUGCAAGGCUCCGCUGGAGGCAGCAGUGAAGCUAUGUCGCAACUUCCGGACGAUUGCUUCCAAAGAGAAAGAACGUUCUAAAGAUCUUGAACUAGCAGCCGACUACUGUGAAGAAAUGGCCACCAACAUCAUGACCAUUUCGUCCAGUCUUUAUAAUUCCGAACCUCUUCUCAGGUCGGUGGACCAGAACAACACACAGUUUUUGGACUUCCUCAUAGAAAACGAACAGAAGGCUGUGGUGGCCCAUCCAACCGUACAACAACAUCUGUCUCACAUCUGGAUGGGCAGCUUGGAGUGGUCAAGUGCUCAGAUAUUUUUAUUAUUCCUGAUCUGUCUACUUCUGCCUCCAGUCUGGCUAAUACUCUCUUUACCUCUUAAUCACAGGUACGCCAAAACCCCGAUCAUCAAAUUUAUGGCUUAUCUCAUAUCUCAUCUUUAUCUCUUGGCACUCUUCACCAUCACAGUCGUGUUACCAAUCAAACCAAUUUCGGUAUCUCCAAGUCUCAUCCCUUUCUGGUACGAGUGGAUUCUACUAGCCUGGUUGUCUGGUCUUCUAGUCUCCGAAAUCACCAACCCAGCCGACAGGGCUGGUCUUGGCUGGAUCCGAAUUAUAACCUUGGUCGUCUGCGCUAUCGGACUACUCGUACACUUGCUGGCCAUCGUCCUCUCCAUCUACAGCGGCGAAGAUCUGCGUGUGUACCUCUACAUCAGGAACCAGUUCCUCGCUUUUGGCAUGCUCCUUGGUUUCGUACAGCUACUAGAGUUUUUCUCCUUCCAUCACUUAUUUGGUCCCUGGGGCGUGAUCAUCCACGAUCUCAUCAAAGACUUGAUCAAAUUCCUUGUGAUUUUACUUCUCUUCAUGGUUGGUUUCAGCUUCCACCUGGUAGCCAUUUACCAACCAGUCUACGACAGAGAUCUUUCCGCGAAUAUAUCGGUGAUGGAUAUGUUUGAAUUUCUCUUCUUCUCGCUGUUCGGUCUCGUCGACCGCGACAGCUUCCCGCUACUCUCCAACUCUCUAAGCUGGGUCAACAAACUAGUCGACGCCAUUUUCGGUAUUUAUAUGAUGGUCACGUUGAUCGUCUUAAUAAACUUACUGAUUGCUAUGAUGUCGGACACAUAUCAACGUAUCCAGAGUCAGUCAGACACAGAGUGGAAGUUUGGACGGGCGAAACUAAUCAGAAACAUGAACAAACAGUCUAUAUCGCCUCCGCCGAUCAACCUAUUCACCAAGUUCCUUGCCUACUGCUGGGCGUUCUACAAACACAAAUGUAAAUUAUGCACCGUGAAUGUCCAGCCCUACCUUGAUGAACCGAACACUGACCUCCAGAAUGUCGAAUCACACUCACCGGACGGGCUUGUCCCUUACGAACAGGAAAGUUGGAAAGCCAACAAAAUUUCACCAGAAUGUGAGACAGUCUUGCAUUUUUUUAUUCUUUUAUUUCAAAACACAUUUAUUGGUCAUUUGCGAGUGUGAGUGUGGGUGCCACUGCUGUUUGAGAAGUACAUAAAAUAUAAAAUUUGUAAG